AUGUAUAAAAUCAAUAAACUAUUAAAUCGCUCAGAAAGAGAUUAUAACGAAUAUUUAGCUCAAAAAAUACUGAAAGACAUCAACAUUUGGAAAACUCUUGAUUCAAUCAAGAACUCUUAUUUAAACAAGCUUGAUUUAAUUGAUUUUCCAGAUAUUUUGUCUUGCUUUAAUAGUUUUAUUAGAGAAAGCAACAAAGAAGAUCUCGUGAAAGUGAUUUUGCUCUCGAGAACGUCAAAAGAAAUUGAUUUAGCAUGCAGUAAUGCUGCAACUAUACUUGCCAAAAGCGAUUUCGUAUUUAAAGAUAUCGAUUUCAGCAGAAUUCGCAUCCCAAAAGCUGACCUAUCCCAACGCCUAUUCGUAAAUGUAACUUUUGAAAAUAGCUAUUUAAAGGAAGUCAAGUUUUUACAGUCCCAAUUUCAUUGUGUGAAUUUUAAAAAUUGUGACCUCAGUUGUGCAAAUUUUGGGUAUUUUAUAAAAUUUAAUUCAAAGGAUGCAAAAGGGCUCAAUUUCUCUCCAGAUGAUAAAUAUUUUUACUAUCGGAGUGACGAUAGCGUCAUAGAAAUUGACUUAAAAGAGCAAAAAAUUAGAAAUAAAGUCAACUUAAACGAUUUUAUUACUACAAAUAUUAAGUAUGCUCAUAGCCCUAGACUCGAACCUUCCUUAGCAAGAUUAGCUACUGUUCAUGGACAAUAUAUAAAGCUUUGAGAUAAUUAUGGAAAUAGACUUAUACAUGAAAUUAAAUUACAUAGAUUGGUAAUUUCGCCAAAUUGAAAAUAUAUUACAGCCCUUGAUGCCAACUCAACUGUUCUUAGCUGGGAUAUAGAGAAAGGCAAACAGAUUCUUGGAACUACUAAAGCACUUACAUAUAGAACCUCAAAAUUGAUUUUUUCUCCAUCCAAUAGAUAUUUAGCAAUGAUAAGAGCAAAAUCAAUUUCUGUAGUCGAAACUGAAAAUUGGACUCUUUAUAGCAAAAUUUGAGGAAAGUUUCCUAUUAAAAACGUUUUUUCUAUUUCUUAUUGUGGACAUAAAAUGGCUUUCUGUGAUUCUGAAUCAGUAUAUAUCAUAGAUACUAUAACCUCAGCUAAAAUAAAGAUUUUUUAUUGGACAAAAAAGAUAUUAUGUUUAUCAUUUUCUCCUUGUGGAAAAUUUUUAGCAAUCAGUCCAAAAGGAAAUGAGGGAUUUAUUAUAGACUUAAAAACGAAGAAUAUAUCCCAAUUUUUUUCUGGAUUUGAAGGCAAUAUUAUUUCAGUAAUGUUUUCUAUUUCAGGAAAAUAUAUUUCUUGGAGCGAUUCUAAAGGUAGUAUAAAAAUUUAUGAAUUUUCUUCUAAAUUUGUCCAAAAUGAUAAUAAUAGGCAUCUUAUGAUUUAUAAAGCUAAAGUAUCUCCAAAAGGUACAUAUCUCAUUACUUCAAGUUUAGAAAAAUCUAUCUUAUGAGAACUGAGAACUUGUAACCCAAAACAAAUCAAAAAAUUCAUGCAAUAUGGGUUUUAUGAUGACUAUGUAUUUUCUCCUUUUGAAACUUAUUUACUGAGAAGAUUUGGUGCUAAAAUACAAAUAUAUGACAUCAAGCGGGAUUUUUCAAUAAAAACAUUAAGCUUUGAACAAUGGUGGAAUCUUGAAUAUUCAUUUUCUUAUUGUGAAAAUUAUUUGAUCUGCUCCGGUAAUUUGUCAUAUAAGUAUUAUAGCAUCCCUGAUUUCAUUUUAGUUAGAACGAUUAAAACCCAACAAACCGAUCGCCAUCUUAGAUUUUCUGAGUGCGGAAAUUAUGAUUUUUGAUAUGAUUCUCAAAAUUUUCUUUAUGUAUGAGAUUUACAAAAAGGUGACUGCAUGAAAAAAAUUCAGAUAGAGAAAAGAUGCUUAAUAUAUGCACUAUCACCUUUUUUAUUACAUAUUGCGUUUUUUACGUCAAGAGAGAAUGUAAAUUAUAUAGAUAUUCUAAAUGUUGAUGAUGGAGACAUUGUUAGUUUAAAAAGUGAAGGAAAAUCUUUUAGUUGCUGCAUUGCUGAUUCUGAUGGGGCAUUGCUUAUUGAAGGGUGCGAAAAAGGAAUUUUUAAUAUAUGGGAUAUAAAAACAAAAACUGUCAAGCAGAAAUUUAGGUCUUUAUUUUCGAGGGAUAUCAAUGCAGUUGAAGUUGCUAAUAAUCAUAUUGUAAUAAAAGAAAAUGAUAAUGUUGAAAUUUUCAGCAUGGCUCAGCUGGGUUAG